GACACUCACACUCACUCACGAGGAGCGUUUGUUUGUGUUGUUCGAAGAGAGAGAGAGACGCACAGAGAAGGAAUCCGCGCGCGAUUCAGUUCUCGGACGCGGCGUGUCCGGCAGGAUGAGCAGCACCAUGCAGACGUCCCUGCAGCCCGACCCCAGCAAACGGCAGCACCGCCACCUCUUCGACAAAAAACUGUCCGACGACUCGCUCCUCGCCAGUCCCACCAGAGACUCCUCCAACAAAUGGCCCUCGUUCGGCGCCCAGUCCAAGUUUCCGCCGAUUGCGCCCACCAGAAGAGGCACCGUCCCGAUGUCCGACUUCCCCUCGAUCGAGGGAAGCAACGAGACCAACGACAUCGCCGCCGCUUUUGAGAACAUGAAGAAGAAGAACUCGCUCAUUAGCGCCACCGGAGGUCCGGGCGGCCUCGUCGGCAGGCCGCCGGUCGCGUCGGCCGUCGGCCUCAACCAGGCCAACCAAACCACCUCCACCUCGGCUCAGUCGGCAGCACAACAGAUCGUGCAGUCGAGCUCCGCUUCUUCGUCGAGUUCGCGAGUGGCCAAACGAGUGCAGCACACGAGCAGCAGCAGCCACCUGAGCCACCAGGUGAGCGAACUGAAGGCAUCGUCAGUCAAGUCGGACCUUUCGGAGCUGCAGUCGAGCAUCUCAGAGAUGAAGAACCUGUCGAGCGUGACGACGCAGCAGAGCAGCAGCAACUUCCGGAGCGCGGCGACGGCGCUUACGUCGGCCGCGGCCGGCGCCCUCAACGGCGUCAGCGACCUCCUGCGCAGCUCAAUCGAGCAGCUGGACGUCGAGGGCGACGGCCUGGGCGACGCCGACUGCACCAACGGCGAGCCCAUCAUCACCUUCCCGGAGCCAGAGACGCCGACGACGCCGCCGGCCAUCGGCGCCCUCACCUCGCCCAACCUUGUCGUCAACAGCAUGGCGCUGGCCGGCACCAACAACAGCAGCACCACCGCCUCCUCCGAGAUGAAGUUCGAGCAGAAGAGGGUCACGUCCGCCACCAAAACCAAGGUGGUCACGGACUCGUUCAGCGCCGAGCAGGCGUCCUCCAACUCGGCCGAGAUGCGCCGCCUCCACACCGGAGAGAUGUCCUUCCAGCAGCAGACGGCCGCCGCCGCCGUCCGCGCCCGCCUCGAAAUGGAAGGGGUCACCGCUGAGAAAAGUGCUGCUAUCAAACAGGAACAGCGGUCCAUCAAAUCGAGCGAGGUGACCCAGCAGGAGACGCAGAACAUCGCCGCCUCCAGCGUCCGCCUCCAGACCGACACCUUCAGCUCGGAAAAGAAGGCAGUCAGUGCCCAGCAACAAAGACAAACUGUAACAUCUUCGGGCAGCAUUUUCAGCAGCAAUCAGGAGCAACACGUCUCCUCCUCCUCGUCGCAAUCAAACUUCACCUCCAUCGUCACAAAAGACGUGCACACCAAGUCGUCAUCGGCUUCUGUUGUUUCGUCUGCUCAGAUGAGUUCCCUUGUGAACGGCAGCAGCAUGCUGAGCGUGGAGGACGACAAUGGGGCGGCGGUGAUCGAAGACCUGGAGCGGCUGUCGCUGGUGUCGAGUCAGCAGGACGUGGAGCGCGCCAUCCAGAAGUGCACCGCCUACCUGAGCAGCCAGGUGCCCAAACUGACGCAGCCGGCCGAGGCCAUCCCCAGUCUGGCGCGCGUCAACGAACUGGUGCGCAAGGCGUGGGCCGUGCCGACGCACGGCCACGAACUCGGCUACUCAAUCUGCAACUCGCUGCGCACCAGCGGCGCCCUCAACCAGCUCAUCGAGAACUGCAUCCAGUCCGAGGCCAACCUGCGCUUCUCCAGCGCCACGCUGCUCGAGCAGAUCCUGACCACCGAGAACAGGGCGCACGUGGUCCAGCACGGCCUGCAGAAGGUCGUCAGCGUCGCCUGCAACAGCACCAAAACCUACAACACGGUCGAGCACUCCCGGGUCGGCACCGGCAUCCUCGAGCACCUCUUCAAACACAGCGAGAGCACCUGCAGUGAGGUUGUUCGUCUUGGUGGUUUGGACGCGGUGCUGUUCGAGUGCAGGAAAAACGACGUGGAAACGCUGCGCCACUGUGCCGGUGCGCUGGCCAACCUCUCCCUUUAUGGCGGCGCAGACAACCAAGAGGCCAUGAUCAAGCGAAAAGUGCCCAUGUGGCUGUUCCCGCUGGCCUUCCACGACGACGACAACAUCAAGUACUACGCGUGUCUGGCCAUCGCCGUCCUGGUGGCUAACAAGGAAAUCGAGGCGGCCGUCCUCAAGUCGGGCACCCUCGACCUGGUCGAGCCCUUCGUCUGCUCGCACAACCCGUCCGAGUUCGCCAAGUCCAACCUGGCGCACGCCCACGGCCAGAGCAAGAACUGGCUGCAGCGUCUGGUGCCCGUCCUCAGCUCCAAGAGGGAGGAGGCGCGCAAUUUGGCCGCCUUCCACUUCUGCAUGGAGGCCGGAAUCAAAAAGCAGCAGAACAACUCAGAGAUCUUCAAGGAAAUUGGUGCCAUCGAACCUCUCAAAAAGGUGGCCAGUUGUCCAAAUGCAGUGGCCUCAAAGUAUGCGGCGCAGGCAUUGCGCCUCAUGGGUGAAGAAGUUCCCCACAAACUGAGCCAGCAAGUGCCUCUCUGGUCGUCCGAGGACGUCAGGGAAUGGGUCAAGCAGACUGGCUUCACGGAAUACGCACAAAACUUUGUUGAAUCGCGGGUUGACGGAGACUUGUUGCUGCAACUGACUGAAAAUAAUCUCUGUGAUGAUAUCGGCAUCACUAAUGGAAUCAGAAGAAGGAGAUUCACAAGGGAACUGCAAAAUCUGAAGAAACUGGCCGAUUACAGCAGCAAAGACGUUAGUAAUCUGAACUCUUUCCUACAAAAUAUCGCCGUUGAAUUCUCCAUUUACACCUAUUCCAUGCUCAAUGCUGGCGUUGAUAGAGACUCCAUAAGAAACUUGACUGAGGCUCAGCUUUCCAACGAGUGUGGAAUUUCAAACAGCAUCCACCGGCAGAGGAUACUUGAGUCCAUCGGUGGCAUGGAGAGUGUGGUCAGCUCCUCUCAUGAGGAUUUGGCCAAACCUCUGGAUGUCUUUGUCAGUUACCGCCGAUCGAACGGAUCUCAACUUGCCAGUUUGCUGAAAGUCCACUUGCAACUGCGGGGAUUCUCAGUUUUCAUUGACGUGGAACGGCUGGAGGCUGGAAAGUUUGACAACAACUUGCUACAAAGUAUUCGCAACGCCAAGCACUUCCUCUUGGUUUUAACUCCUAACGCUCUGGAUCGCUGCAUCCAAGACACAGAAUGCAAAGACUGGGUUCACAGGGAGAUUGUUGCUGCGCUGCAGUCCCAAUGCAACAUUGUUCCAAUAAUCGACAACUUUGGGUGGCCCGAGCCGGAGGAGCUUCCGGAGGACAUGCGCGCCGUUUGCCACUUCAACGGCGUCCGCUGGAUCCACGACUACCAGGACGCCUGCGUGGACAAACUGGAGCGGUUCCUCAAGGGUGAGAUGAACCUGCGGGGCGGCGGCGUCCCUGCCAGUCUGAAGGGCGAAAACACCCCCUCGACGCCCAACAGCACCAUCGGCAGACACCCUCCCACCUUCCAACGCACCCUGAGCAGCGACUCAGGAAAGGGCAGUGAGAGCAGCAAGGACAUCAACGGCAACUCCGGCAAUUCGGGACACCGGCGGGACUGACUAGACGGCCACGCCUCGGCAGCUAACCUUUCAAAGUUGCGAAACCAGAAAGGUCGUCCGCCCGCCAGUCCAUUACUCCGUCCGAGGCGAGUGGCGCAGAUCGCGGGGCAGAGCAGCUCGCGGCCGCCCAAGGCGCCCAGCCGGACACACAGCCUGGACAUGUUGGACAAGGAGGGCGACGAGGCUGACGUGGUGAGGGCCUGCGAGAAAUACCUGAGCGCCACAGAACUGAACCAAACGCCUCGUUGUGUGCCCCUGGCCCGGGGCCUCAGCUGCGACGAGGCGGCCAGCGGCCAAAAACAGGAGCAGGGUGGCCGCUCUGACUCGGUUGUUUCGCUUGACGAACCCAAACGCAAGCGCAACUUCAUGGACAAGUGCGUCAACAAGGUGCGCUCCUUCAUCAAAAAGUGAAGGAAAGAAAGAAAGAAAAGUGAUUCGAUUUUCCUACACAGGGACCUUACUUAGUUAGCUAUGCCACCACUUUAGUAAGUUUUAGAAGAGUUUAAUUUUAAGGAUAGACUUAUUAAUGUUAACAAACAAAUUUCAAAUUCAAACUUUUGACACCGUAAGCAAAACGGGCUAAAUUAUCACAAAGUUCUACUUUUUAACGCAGCUUAAAUUGCACUGAAUGGCCUUAUAUUAUCUCAAAAGUAAGUGUAUUUGAAAACCGCAAAGGUUGUAAAGCUAUAUAUUUUGUUAUAAUCAAAAUUUAAAUUGAGUAUUUUUGUCUCAAACUCAUGUGUAUUCCAGGAAUGGCGAGUUUUACUAAUUUCUAGAUCUUUACUAGCAGGAGGAAUUUUUUUUGUCAGUAGGCGUGCGAAACCACAAUUAUUGCGAGACAAUUGUGUUACUGAUUUACAGAAGCUAGUCCAAUUAUUAUUCAAUUUCUUAUAGACGGAGAAAAUGAGUUCUUUUGUCCGAGAUGAUUGUGUAAGGAAUAUUUCCUGAUAGGUUUUAAAAUGACUUUCAAGUACCACAAUUUUAUGUGUAAGUUUAUGUGUUAAUUUGUAGAGCAAUUUGUAAACUGUCCUCAUUUAAUGACGGCUUGGAUUUGGAGAGCUUCAUGAUUUUAUUGUGUAAAUAUUUUGUCAUUUUUUAGAAGAAGAAAAAAAUGUUAUGUUAUACUUAUGGCUGAUUAACCAACUAAUCGCUACACCUCCGCAUUUCUGAGAAUUCGCUUUGAUCGAUGUAAAAAAAUCUACUUGAUAUUAUUUAUUAACACACAGUUUAAUUUGUAAGGGCAACAUAGUGCCAGUGAAGGAAUAAAAAGCGUUAAAUUUCAUUUAA